AUGCACACCUUCGUAUAUCUAUCUAUCUAUCUAUCUAUCUAUCUAUCUAUCUAUCUAUCUAUCUAUCUAUCUAUCUAUCUAUCUACUUUAUAUAUACUUAGUUGUAUUGAUUAUGAUAUAUGCUGUAAAUUAUCCUCCCAGCCUCUUUGGGUCCAAUCAAAGGUAGAAGAAGAUCAGAUUGGAAAAAUUAUGAAAGGUAAGUGUAAUGAUUUUUUAUUGAAUUUAUCUCAUUCUGUUCAUAUCUAUCUAUCUAUCUAUCUAUCUAUCUAUCUAUCUAUCUAUCUAUCUAAUAUGUUCCAAAAACUUUUCUUUUUCUUCUCUUUCUUUUUCUUCCUCUUUCUUUUUUUCGUUCUUUUUUCUUCUUCCUCCCCUUCUUUCUUUCUUUCUUUCUUUCUUUGUGCUGAUGUGCACCCGGAUAUGAAGGAAAGAACUGUGUAUAUGCCUGCCAUAAUUGUAUUGAUGAGAAAUGCAGUAACGAUGGAGUGUGCCUCCUCGGGUGUAAAGGUCAUUUUGCCGGACCCAAAUGUGAUCGUUGUCAAAAUUACUAUUAUGGAGAUAAAUGCGAUCAUACUUGUUAUGGCUGUAAUUAUGGCGACUGUAACCGAAUUGGUAUCUGUCAACAAGGAUGUAAUCCGAGACACAGUGGACAAAAGUGUGAGAAUUGUGAAAAAUACUAUUAUGGCGAUAAGUGCGAACAUUCUUGUCAUGGUUGUAAAUAUGGCGACUGUAACCGAAUUGGUAUCUGUCAACAAGGAUGUAAUCCGGGAUACAGCGGAGAUAAAUGUGACAAAUGUGAAAAAUACUAUUACGGCGAUAAGUGCGAAAAUACUUGUUACGGCUGUAAUUAUGGCGACUGUAACAGAUUUGGUAUUUGCCAACAAGGAUGUAAUCCGAGACAUAGCGGAGAAAAAUGUGAUAAAUGUGAAAAAUAUUAUUAUGGCGAAAAGUGCGACAAGAAUUGUUAUGGUUGUAAAUAUGGCGACUGUAACCGAUUUGGUAUUUGCCAACAAGGUUGUAAUCCGAGACAUAGCGGAGAUAAGUGUGACAAAUGUGAAAAAUACUAUUACGGUGAUAAGUGUGACAAUAAUUGUUAUGGCUGUAAAUAUGGCGACUGUAACCGAAUUGGUAUCUGCCAACAAGGAUGUAAUCCGAGACAUAGCGGAGAUAAGUGUGACCCUGAUAUUAUUUAGUAUUGUCUUUUUCUUUUUAUUAUUAAUUCUUCCAUUUUUUAUCUUAUCUAUCUAUCUAUCUAUCUAUCUAUCUAUCUAUCUAUCUAUCUAUCUAUAA